UAAAGGUGCUGUGGCCGCCACAGAACUUGCAGUUAAUUCCGUGCUGAUCCACCCGUCGCAAUGCAACCUCAGUUGCAGGCUCCGUUGCUGGUCGCCCUCGGCUUGCUUCUCGCCGGCCCUGUGGCUCCUGCGCGCAUCCGCUUGAAACAGCUUGGUAGCUUCUCCUGGGAUAAUUGUGAUGAAGGGAAGGACCCUGCAGUGAUCAAAAGCCUGACUCUGGAGCCGGACCCCAUCGUCAUUCCUGGGAAUGUGACCGUCAGUGUUGAGGGCAAGACCGAUGUGCUCCUCUCUUCUCCUCAGAAGGUGGCAUUAACUGUGGAGAAGGAAAUGGCUGGCUUUUGGGUCAAAAUCCCAUGCGUGGAAGAGAUUGGCAGCUGUGUAUACGAAGACAUCUGUGACAUGCUUAAUAAUUUAAUCCCCCCUGGUGUGCCCUGCCCAGAGCCCUUGCACACCUAUGGGCUUCCCUGCCACUGUCCCUUCAAAGAAGGCACCUACUCACUGCCCAAGAGCGAUUUCACGGUGCCGGACCUGGAGCUGCCCAGCUGGCUCACCAAUGGAAACUACCGCAUUGAGAGCAUCCUGAGCAGUGAUGGGAAGCGCCUGGGCUGCAUCAAGAUCGCUGCCUCUCUACAGAGCAAAUAACGGGGCACCAGCCCCAGUCGAAUGAAAGCGUAUGAGGAAGGUGCCUCUUCCUCUCUCUUGUGUUUGCCAAGAUCAGAUUCUGAUUCUGCUCUUCUUCAACUCCUUUCUGUGAUGUAUCUACAACCCUCACUGAAAAUCAUCUUGUGCCACUUACAUUUUAGGCUGGGGCAAGCAGCCCUGACCUAAUGGAGGUUGAGUCUUGCAUCUCUUGAUAGCCCAAGACAUCUGCUGGGCUGACCAUGUCACUUUCCUCCUCACCCCUGUGGUUUCUCUCUAAAGAGCUUUGUUCAUUUCCCAAACCGUUAAGAAAUGAGAACCAAUAUGUUUUGGGACCUCAACUUUAGACUGACCCAGUCUUGGCCUCCUGAAGUACCUUUAUUGCUUUCUCUUUUGUUUUUUGUGAUCACUAACUUAAAAGCAGAGUGAGAGUUCUAUGUACUAACAUUUUCAUUCUAUUCCAGUCCUCUUUUACAAUGAAGGGGCUAAAAUAGUUAAUCUUAGUUUAUUCCUCCAUUAACUUCUGUAGAUUAAAUUAAUCAAAUUAAUUUGAUUUCUUUUCUAGGUUUGCUCAAUUAACACUGGGGCACAGUAUGUCCUGGAGAGGCAGGUUGUGUGCAGGGAGCCCCUUGGGGGAGACAUUUAGGAAUGCUCUGUGUUUACAAACUCAGGUGUCUUGCAGGACCAAGCCAGAGACUUUAAUGAAUAACAAAAACUACUGGAAACACGUUGCUUCCAGGCUUAAAUUCCGUUUUUCCUUUUUUGAUAAAGAUAAUACAUACAAUGGAUGCAAUAAAUAGUUUUUAUACUACACAAAAAGUAACAGCGUAUUUGCAUUGAUACUAGGCAGCUGAGGACCAGGCUCCAGCUGGAGUUCUAAUUAAGGAUAGCAAAGACUGGAGUAAUUUGCAGAGCACAAAGCCAGUCUAUAAAGAUGACCUAGCUGUAACCAGAUAGUGCCAUGUGAGAAUGUUGUGGGCACAGGAUUGACAGAUAGUCUCAAUUUUUUCUCCUAGAGAAGCCAAAUAUCAAGAUUUUUAGAUGAAAUCUUAUAAUUUUUAAAUAUUGGCAAAUGUAUUUUUUUUAACACUGUGGAGGCCAAAGGGGCUAAAACGGACACAGGUAGCCAGUUUGCAACCUUUGACCUAAGACCGUGCAUGCGUUAGUCCUCUCACGAUGACUCCUCUGGCACUGUUUCUCCACACGGCCAAAGCCAGCGUCUGACCCCAAGGAGAAGGCUCUUUGAGGGCUUGGGGAGGUGCAGGUGGACUCUCCAUUGUGAACUGUGGGGAUCACAGGCUGCCUGCUCCAGUCCUGUCUGGGUGAAUGGCGCAGGUGCGGAGGAGUUGGCCCCAGCGGAAGCUGCUUUGUGGGGUCCAACAAAAAGAGGAUGGACUCAAUGUCAGGCUGCCUGGAGUUGUCUACCACCGUCAGCCACGACAACUUUCUCAACCAACACAGCAGCCUCCCGUUCUGGACUCAUUUGAAGCCUGGAAAUGCAAUAAAUCUUUUUAACUUGCUGAUAA